CAGACCUGAGUGUGACACAGAGGCUGGUUCAAAACUGAGAAAUAAUACUGCUUUAAAUCUUCUAGAAGGCACUUAAAAACCCUCCAGCAGCUCAAUUUAGAUCAAUUAUCAGAGCUGCAAGGAGCUGAUUUGAGUUUUAGAGAGGUGAAGAAUAGAAAUUAGAGACACAGAGGAGGGCGUGACAGACAGCCGAGCAGGCAAGCUGCUGCUGCCAGGGGAGGAAGAGCAGGCUAUGCACCAGCCAAAGCCAGAGGUCAAGAAAAAAAUCUCAAGAAUAGUGAAAAGGUAGACUCAGAGCGAGAGAGAGGUCAUUUGUGAUCUGAGUCUGAAAAUAGAGACUAGCCUCUCUUUGUUGUUGUGUGGGCAACCGUGCGGGGAGGAGGAUGUGAAGGAGAGCAGCAGGGAGGAAAGGGAGGCGACUGCAAGAAAGACAAGAAAAUGCUCUCAGAGAUGAUAUGCACGAAGAGCUGCCAGCAGCAGCCUGAGCAGGCAGGCGAAGUGGCACCGCAGAAGGACGCUGCCAGCCGCAGGAAGCGAGGAUGGUCCAAGAGCUGCAGGGGGCGCCUGCAGGGGCGGAGGACAGGAGGGGGAGGGUGGCCCAAAGGGCGCAACCAUCAUCAACACCCUCAACGUCAUCAUCCUCGUAAUCAUCUCCGACACCUUCAGAGGCCGGUGAUGUCCCUCCGUCCCAUCAACGUUAAGGGGAACAGGGCGAGGGGGAUGCGAGCACCCAAAAACACCAACCAGUUUCUGAUGCAUGAGAAGUACCAGAUGCAGCACAUGAGGUCAGACUCAGUGGGCAGUGACAGUGGCAGCUGCUCAGACAGUGACAUGGAGCUCACUGACAUGGACUCAUACCUGGGCGUCCUGGAGAAUGCCAGAGGAGCCCUCCUGGACAGUCCUAACCCACAUGGCUCAACAACGCCACCCAGGCCAGUACUGGUACUGCAUGAAAACCAUCUGCAUCUACAGGAGGACAGUUUACGUCUGCAGGAGGACAGCAUGCAGUAUUUCCCUUCAGAAGCCGAUCUGAUGCAGAGUCAAAAUUUCAUGCAGAGGGACUUUGUUGAGUUCUGUGACAUCCUGACGCCCUGAUGGGGGACUUUCAGGGAACUGACAGUCAAACCUCAGACUGAACGGGGGUCAGGUUUGUUCUGAACAUCUCCAUCUUAUCAAGUCAUUCAGCCUUCAGAUUUUAAAAAUCUGCCUUGCAGGGUGAGAUCAUUUCACCACUUUCCAGCAGUAUUGAGUUUUUUAAAAAAGAUAACUUUUUUAAAUUCAAAUGUCAUUUUGUGUGAUCUGCCUUAUUCAGUCUUUUUUCAAGAGUCUGUGACUCUUCUGUUUAGGGAACAAUAAGUCGAACCGCACUGAGAAAAAAGUGAAAUACUUGAUGGUAUUUUUCUACAUUUAAGAAGAAAAAUUUAAACUGCAAGAAUGUAAGAUUAAAUGACAUCAUUAUGGCAGAUGUUAUGGUUUUUUUUACAGGUCAUGUCUGGUCUUGUUAAGUGUGUCAGGGUGCUAUAAUGUGCUGCUUUCCUGUUGUUAUUGUUGCACACAAAGGGAGAUGGGCUGGGUGGUGGGAGUGAGCUCAAACAGCCAAUCGGCAUCGAGCUGGCUGGAUUAGGCUGCAGAUGGUUGAUUGGCUGAUGCAGAAAUAACAUUUUUAUGUACAGAAUAAAAAGAAAAAUGGAAAUAAAUGUCUGAUUGGUGUAAUAUGGACUGACUGGUUGUUUUUAUGGAUAUAAAUAAGUACUUUGAA